GUUCCCGUAACCGCACUCAAAAACCCUUCUUGGGUUGCCUCCGAGGGUUGCGGCUGAACGGUGUUCCUCUGGAUUUGGAAGGGAAAGUUGAUGAAGAAAAAGGGAUCAGGAGGAACUGUACCGGCCAGUGUCUCAAUGCUACCAUACCUUGCCGUAACAGCGGCCAGUGUAUCGAGGGCUACGCUUCCUACACCUGCGACUGCAAUAACACCGCAUUUGACGGGUUCUACUGCCAUAAAGACAUCGGCGCCUACUUUGAGCUUGGCUCCUGGCUGAAGUACAAUGUGCGGAAGAAGCCAAUAUCGGACGAAGCAGCUUGGGCUAACUGGAUUGACCCGCAUUACGACAAUUUCAGUCUGGGGUAUAACGACACGGCGGACGACAUAGAAUUCAGCUUCAGCACCAUCUACAAACCGGCUGUGCUGCUCUACAUCAGCUCCUUUGUCCAUGACUACAUUGCCGUCGUACUCAAGACUGAUGGUAGCGUGGAUUUGAGGUAUAAAUUGGGACUCAUCACCCACAAGUACGAGCUGACUCGCCGUAACCUCGCGGAUGGAUACCCGCAUUAUAUUAACAUCACCAGGCACAACAGGACUAUCAAAACGCAGGUGGAUUUUAUGGAGCCCAUUGUUGAAAAGAUAACUUUAGUGGAGGAUGCAAGAUUUGACUCUCCAAAGUCCAUGUUCUUGGGCAGAGUGAUGGAGGUCGGCGACAUCGACUACGAAAUCCAGAGGCACAAUGCUCCAGGCUUCAUUGGCUGCAUCUCCGGCGUGAGAUACAACGUCUAUGCCCCUUUAAAGGCUCUUUUCCGGCCAAAUGAAACAGACCCUCCGGUGACGACGCAAGGUUAUGUCUCGGAGUCCAAUUGCGGCGCCUUCCCUCCUGUUCUGGGUUACGUCCCGUGGGAGGUGGAUCCAUGGUUUACCACCAUAGGUAUUUGAAGUUCACCUCACCAACACACAAGUAAACUAUAAACACAGUCUUUCAGUUCUUAACCCUUUCAAGGACAGGGAUUACUACAGUGGACAUCCGCUAUCAGGUUACAGGUUAUCAUUAUUGGUGCAUGAAAGGGUUGAGACAAACAUAUUUGAAAAGAAACG